ACGGACAAAGGACACUCGGAAUGUCCGUCGAGAGAUCGCGAGACGAGGUUUGGACGGUCUCUGGACGACCCGUUCCAUAUUUCGCGAUUUGGCCUAAUUGGACGCACGCAGCUAGCCGCCAUUGUGAAUCCGAAACGCCCUUCGAGGCGUCGAGGUUUGCCUGGGGCUAGUGUCGCGACUGCCAUUGCGAGGUCGGCCAUCGCCUCGGUUUUUUUUAGUAACAAGGGCGAGGAGAGUCCAGGAGGGUCCAGUGCGUUUAUACGGGGUCGAGUUUUACCGAGUUUUACGCGGUUUAACGCGGUUUUACGUAAUCGGCAGAUCGAAAGGGUUUCGGGAGACUCCUUUGUGCGCGAUUUUUAGAGACGCGUCGUCGAGUAGGCUCUCAGUAGAGAAGAAAUCGUUGCCACGCACUGCUUAGCCGAAGGAAGAGAUACGUUUCGAAAAGGCUAAUGUGGGGAGGGAAGAGUUGCCAAGUAUAAUGGAGAACUUCAUGUUCACGAUGACGCGGUAGGAUAUCAGACAAGUUUCAUUUUCUGCCACGGAAGGUAUUUUCAGCAGGAUACUCUACAAUUUUAUCACCGAAUUUUAACCCAUGAUUUAAGAAAAAUACCCUAAAAAUCCGAAGAACAUUCCACUCGUGGGAAGAAAACAAACGAAACUCAUAAACGGACGUCAACAGUUAAAUGCACAAGACCAUACACAACUUCAAAUCCACGAGAAAAUGCUAUCAAGACGCGGUAGCACCGUAGACAAGAUCAUAUAAAAAAACUCGGUAGAGUUUCGAGCCAAAUACAUUUUUGAGCGAGAAUCUCGUAGCGUUGAUUCCUUUAUACUAAAGGUAUUAACGUUAUUAAUUAUGUACGUAUAAAACUUUAUUUUAACCCAUGACCUAAGAUUACGUACACACGCAUACAAUUAAAAUUAUAUAUACGCAUACAUUUUCGUUUCAUUUUCUGCCACAAAAGGUAUUUUCAGCAGGAUACUCUACAUAUCCCUUUAACACUGAAUUUUAACCCAUGAUCUAAGAAAGAUACCCUAAAAGUCCGAAAAACAUUCCACUCGUGGGAAGAAAACAAACGAAACUCAUAAACGGACAUCAACAGUUAAAUGCACAAGAUCAUAUAAAGAAACUCGGUAGAGUGUCGAGCCAAAUACAUUUUUGAGCGAGAAUCUCGUAGCGUUGAUUCCUUUAUACUAAAGGCAUUAACACUCUACAUGUACGUAUAAAACUAUUUUAACCCACGACCUAAGAUUACGUACACACGCAUACAAUUAAAAUGAUAUAUACGCAUACAUUUAAGAUUACACAUACAUACAUCUAUGAUACACACUAAAAGUGUGAUUGAACUCGUAGAAAAUGAACAGUCCACUUGACAUUCGGAUUUCCCGAAGACAAAGCAGGUAUAGACCCUUCAAAACGAAGUCGGCUGGACAAAGAGUCUCGUAGCGGUUCCGUGAAGGUGUGGUGGUGAGCUAGGUACACGGCGUCAACGGUAGCACAGUGUAUCCCUGCCUAAAGCCGGCGCGGCCCAUCGAUCGCAUUCUAUCCUAAGGUAGAAAGGACAACCGGCCACGUGGGUUGGAUUAAAGCCGAAGGAUAUUCACUUCGUCGUCCUCCGUGUCUAUAACCUGGGUCGCAUAGGUCCGAGGGCUCCUUGGACGACCCCGUCAUUCGUGGCGCCCUCGCCAAUGACGACACGUCGUCCUCGCAGACAGCGACCCCUCGUGUCUCGUUGCCCGAGGCCGAUUUCCAAAAUGGCAUCCUAGCCAUUUAUCUCGCAGGACGAGACGGAUUUCGGCAGUUGUGUUCGUCUCGGGCCCCGGAAGGCUUCGCUCGAUUCCGGCCAUUUCCGGCACCCGAGCCAGGCGACUCAUGCCACGGUAGGGAGAGAAUCCGUCUACGUGGCAGAGCUCAGCGUCCUCCUCGGACUUGCGUCAUCCUUUCUUCGCUCGACCACGAGCGACGUUUGCGGGCUUAGAUCCUCCAUUUCAUGGUAAAUAUUCACAUCUUCAUUCCCCUCUGCACAUUCUUCGCUUAUUUUCAUGCUUUGAGUGCGGUUUCACUCGAGGAAAUGUUUGCACUGAACUCAGUCGAUUUUAGGGGAUUGCUGUAGAAACGGUGAAAGAGAAGUUUCAUGGAAAUGAGGUAUACCUCGUCAAGGGGUAUAUUUUUAAUUCCCUGAGAACGUCGACUCGGUUUUUUUUUCACUCUUCCAUGGCGUUGGAAUACCAGACCUUGAAGGGGAGACAUUUUCUUCACUCUCUUCUUGGCUUAGUUUAUUAUUUAAGGUCGCCGGGUCUUUCCAGAUGUAGCAGAAAUACAAUGUCACUUGAGAUAUGUUAUAAUCCAAUUUUUUGUAUCAUUUUAUGGAAUAUUUAUAAUGGUUACCGUAGAUUCAGGAUUGCCAUGAAGUGCGUCGAUGGUCGAUCGAGUGUUUCGCGCUUCCGCCGCUAGUUUCCGUUGGCGCUGCAGUUGUUUCCCUGGAACUAAACUGCUCGAGUAGGAAACGGUUAUCCUUUGAAGUUAUCGCUGUAUUUACUCCACUUCUGUUUAUCGCGGCGUUAUCGUCGCCGUUAUUCGAUAUUCUAGCCCUAAUUUGAGCGCGACAUAUGUUUCUAAUUGAAGACAUCAAAUGACAUAUCUAGUCACGUUUGCGUUUCGUGUAUUCCGAUCCGCUAAUGUAUACUCUCGGGUUUAUUGGGCGUUUCCGCGAACUAUUCGGUUACCAAGCUGCUGCUUCACGGUUCCGCCGUUCGCGUCCGUUGGCGCUGAUGUCGCUUCUCAGAAAUCUAUUGCGAUGAUGAAAUGCAACGCUUCAGUUGCUCUAUAUAUCCGACAUAUCCGUACGUUCCAUCCAGGGUUGGGUAUGUAAUAUACGUGGUUUUCUACGUGUAUAUUACAACGUAUAAUACGUCCCUAGUUAAUUUAUUAUUCCAUACAAAUAUUUAUGCUAUAUUAUAUGCUAAUAGACGUUUAUAAUCUAGCGGAUGUCGUGUAUCGCACAUCUGCGGCGUCCUUUAUAUCGAAAACGUAAUUUACUGAUUUCCUACGAUUUUUCACGAUAAUUUACGUGGUUCACGUAAUAUGCGUCGAAAUCCUCGAUAAACCCAAAAUUAUACUUUAUACAACCCUCAGUUCGGUAAAUAACGUAUUUCAAUGUAUUUCUAUUCUCCCAGCAUUCAGAUUUUUAUUCCGUGCAGCUCUCUCUACGUUAACGUAGGCAUCAAUGUUCUCAAAUACGCGUUCCGAUUCCUUUCAACGAGCGAACCAAGCCGGAGCCCUUCGGCCGUUUCCGUGGUUUCCUUCGGCUUCCGAUCGCGUAGUACCCGAUCCCGCCGCUCGGCGCCGCGGCGGCACUGGCGCUUCUCCGGCGCACGUAGCCAGCAACUGGCGCUCCGACCUCCCGCAGUAAACACGUAGAGUCUAGUAUUAUAACUGCGUGACCGCGCAUACGCCCUGCGAACCUCGACCCGACUCCGCGAACGUGGAAGUACGUGUUGCAUCACCUCAUCACGCAUCAUUACGUCACAUUCCCACCUGCCGGUGGGCGCUUCCUUUGAGCGGGCAAGAUGGAGGACGAGUACAAGAAAAAGGUCGCCGACAUGCAAAAGUACACUCCGGUUUUGGAGGUACUGAUCGAGCAAUUCCAGAAGGGGACGUCGCAACAUCAUCUGGAGAAAAUACAGAGCCUUCGCGCGGUUCUGUUAGACACCAACAGGAAGUUGAAGUAUGAGACCUUGCUGAGGUGCGAAGAUGUCCUCCAGAAUCUGCAUAAAAAAGUAGAACAGUUUCAGGUAAACUUAUCCGGAUCGAAUUCCUCGGUCAAGAAGAAUGUCUCCGGCUCUGCAGAUUCCGAUUCCGACGACGUCGAUCUGAUCGACCCCACGCAAUUCUGGGAGUGUAGAUUUCAGGAAGAAAUAAUGGAGUUAACACCCGCAAGUCCGAGUCCUCCUGCUAGUCCCGAUUGCUCCUCGCUUCUGAGGCCAGUGAUAAUACCGACCGAAAGAUGCGAGGAUUUCGAGGCUAGAAGCGACUUCGACAUCCUCUUCGAGAGGCAGAUGCGGCUCAGUACGGGCGAGGUGGUAGACAGCGCCACCACGUUCGAGCGAGACAGCGAGCGAAACAGUGAGCGAAAGGAGAAACGAAAGAGCCGCCUAGAGAAGCGAGAUAGCACGAAGUCGUACGAAGGCCGCAACGAGGUGAAGCGAAAGGAUAGGUACAAGGAACCGGCGGUAGCGAAGAAGAGGUCGCCGAGCCCGGAGUGUUGGGACAGUCCUCCAGGGUCGCCAAAUGGAAAGCGAGUGCCGUCCCCUCGACCCAUCCCGAUGUACAUACCGCUGAACGGCGUCAGGGAGCCCAGAAAAUACCAGGACAGGGACGAGCAAGACGCGAACGACUGGAAUAUCCUGGAGAACUCGGAGCGCUACAACCACAGGAAGCAGCGGACGGAGCCCUGGCACUCGGUCCUGACCACUGGGCCGGAUGUGGCCACUGCAGCGAAACUGGUGGGCAACAACUUGCCGAAGAGGAGGGACCCCGAGAGGAGAGGUCACGGGGUUCCACUAGAGCCGCACGUGCCGACAGUUCCGGUGCCAUCCUUAGGGGGCUCCAGGAGGCUGACGUCGGUGCUGGAGAAGAACAGGCUCAGCGGCGUGGAGCUGGACCUGAUGGACUUGGACUCCAGGCCGGAGUCACCGGUGAACGUCCAAGAGGCGCGGCUUAAAUCCCCCGACCCGGAGAUUCUCUUCCCCAGGCCGAAGAAAGUGUCGCCGAAGGAGGAGCGAAGCUCCACCUCGAAGAAGACCUCCCCGAAGACCACGGCGCCGCUGCUGCUGUCGCCCCCCGCAGUACUGACCGUCCCUCCGCUCUCCAUGGAGGACCUCGAGGAGCUGCUGAACGACGACGGCGACGCCAAGGGCGACAGCAAGCCGAAGAGGGGCACCCUGGGCGAGGAGCUCGUUAAGGUCAAGAAAGACCUAAAGAAGCAUCAGAUUAAGAUUAAGCAUAAGUCUAGCGAUAAGUCUACGGAUAAGUCUAGCGAUAAGUCAUCGGACCCCAGGAACCGUCCGCCCUCCCCGCGACCAUCCGAGCCCCGGUAUGCCGAUUACUACGAUCGACUUUCCAGGCACCUUCAAGAAGUCGAAUCCGAUAAGAACGCAGGGUCCGAGACGCUGUCGCGGUUAUCGGACGAUACCUCUGGCUUGAGUUUCACGAUAGACAAAAGCGUUGCACAGUCUUACAUGAAGUGGCCGCUGCCAGGGGAGACGAGCGACGGCUCUGCUUCCCCGGAGUACUAUGGCGACUCUAGACUGCCCAAUCACCAGCCCCCCAUGCCUGGUGAAGCUCCACCGGCGCCUCCACUUCCACCGGAGUCGAGGCCUUCCAUUCAACCGCCUCUGCCGACGGAACCACCCAGAGUGCCUUCAGAUCCCAGACCACCUCCCGAUCUCAGAACCAUACCCCAGCCCAACACCGUGGCCGCUGACUACUGCAACCCCCAUUGGAUGCCUGUUGGCUAUGGGGGUAACGUUACCGCCCCCCAACCCGUUCUGGCACCAGGCAUGCCGGGUCCCUAUCCGAUGGCUAUGCCCAUGCAUCAGGAUAUGUGGAACAUGGCGCCGGUGUCCAAUGCGAUGCCCGUGGACCCCCAUGGGAUGAGCACCGUGCAGUCAGUCUCUAUGCCUAUGAACGUGACGUACCCCGGUGCUCACACCCAGGUCGUCGGGUCCAUGGCGAACCCCAAUAUGCAAGGGGACAUGAACAUGCAACCCAUGAUGGCGGCCCCAGCCUACCCGGUCGGCCAACCCACGUAUAUGGGGUACCAACAUCCGGGAUGGAACUGCGAGAGACCCAACACCGACUUCGCCCAGAACGGCGAGUCCUGGGAUUCCUCCCCCCACGGGGGAUCUGACAAUUCGUUCCCUGUACCUGCAGGUCCACCCGCUUCUGGGCCUGCAGCGUCCAGUGGGUACCAGAACUCCGAGGCUCCCAUCGUCUGGGGCCGUAAGUUCUUUAGCGACAGACCCAGAGAUGGGAAUCCCGUAAAGGACCCUAGGAUUCUUUCUGGAAGAGACCCUAGGACUCGUCCUGAUGUCACUGCUAGUGCUAGCAGGGACCCUAGACUUGCCAAGGCCAAUCAGACCCCGCUACCAAUGAAACCUGUGGAGGUACCUGCCCAUGGUCCCUCGAUCAUCAAGGUCCCUAUACAGUCCUCCGUUGAUAGGAACCCCAAGAAACGCGUCGUCGAGCAAAAGGAGUACAAGAGGCCUGCGGUGCCGCCGCAAAAGAGCAAGGAAAAGCCGAAGAGCAAGCCGGUAGAGGUGAAGAAGAAGAGGAACCCUGUUCCUGGAACCAGCAGCAAACAGGGAGCUAGUGCUGAUCCUUCUUCCAAGGAGGUGAUGCAUUCCCCGUUGGAGAGCUUGUAUGGCGUUGUCGAUACCAAAGCGAAGACGGGCCAGGGCUAUGGCCUGCAAAAGUUCAAGAUACCGAAGCUGAAGAAACAGGCUUCACCCCCGAAGCCGACUCUUGACUCGGUUGAUGACAACUGGGAUGCGAAUCAGGAGUCCUGGAAUUCUGGCGGGGGGAAUGAAAAUUGGGAUGACGAACCUGCUGCAGAAAAUUGGGCUCCUGGUGCUCCUGCUCAGAAUUGGGCUGAGGAUGUUCAGGUCGACUCUUGGAAUGACUCCAACAAACCGGCUGAAAACUGGGAUGACGAAUGCCCAUUGGACGAUCCUCAGCCAGCCGAGAGCUGGAAUCCUGAGGAGAAGAAUAAGGGAGCUACCAAGGAUGAUGCUGAAGACGCCUCUGCUCGCGCCAGGAGAAGCUUGGAUAUGCUGAAGAAGGACGAGCUGCAGGAGAUCGUCGACGCACUGGUGAAGAAGUCCCUCGGGCUGGAAGACGCACAGCUUCUUCAGAAGAUCCUGAUGAACGCGAAGAAGAAUGAGAUGAAGAAGCUCAUGAACGCUGAAUCUGAGAGCAGUGCUGAGGAGGAGCUGAAGAAAACUGCGGCCAAGAAGAAGAGGCGGGUCAUAGUGUCCGAUAGCUCGGAGGAAGAGUGCCUGGCGGAGAGACUGAACAUGUUGAACGCAGGCGAUGAAGAAGGUCAAACAAAGAAAGGGGCCAAAGAUAAGAGCGAUGAACCUAGAGAGAGGAAAUCCAAGGCUUUGGACGGCUCCAAAGACGUCGGGAACGAAGACGUUGCAAGUGAGAAGAAUGCGAAUGAGGAAGCUGGGAAGAAAAAGAAGAAGGCGAAGCCGCGGAGGAAGCAAGAUGGCGACGCGGUGGAAGAUUCAGAAGAUGAGGCUGAAGAGAAGAGGAAGGGAAGGACCUCCAGGGCGGACAAGCAGAAGGACCUGGAUGGAUCCGUGGAGAAUAGGGAAGAUGCCAAGUCCUUGGGCAAGAAGAAACCUAAAAGAAGGAACUCUCUGGAGAUGUUGCAGGAAGACAUUAGGGAGAUGUUCAUCUGCGAGGAUGUGGUCACUGCAACUGGUCGUCGCAUGUGCAGGGCUGCGAAGGAGGGUCAGUCGAACCUGGACAAUUCGAAUCUUCUUGGAGCACCUACGCAGAACCAAGUCGAGGAUGCCGAAGAGUCCAGCCUGGACGAGUCCACUUCGCUUUCCAAGAAGAAGUCGAAGACGAAAUCGGAUACCGAAGAGGCUGGUCUGAAGUCCAGGGGCACCAGAAGAAGCAAGAAACGAUCCGCGAAGCUGCUCUCCAGGAGCAUCGUGGACAGCUCUGAUAGUGAACUCGAAGAGGCCAGAUCCAUGUUCCAUGUUCCUCUGACCGCUGAGAAGUUGCCUCCUUCAGGGACCGCUGAAGAAGCCGCUUCUCUACAGAAGAACAAACGCGUUACUCGUAAGACUGCGUCCAAAGAGGGAAAGACGUCAUUGGAGAACCCGAAUUUGGGUGGGGACUCUUCAAGGCCGAUGUUCGACAGUUCCUCUGACGAGAGCUUCGGCAUCGACGUAUCGGAAUUGACGGCGGCUGUCGACAUAUCUCUUCACCAUGAAGAACAAGCUGAACCGGGUUCCUUUGGGGCACCUAAGAGGAAACCUCGAGCCGCCGCCAAACGCAAACAAACCCCGAAGAGGAAGACUUCUGCUCUCAAUGCUGAAGACAAGACUGGAGAGAACGCUUCCUUCACUGAUGAGGGAAGCAUGACUUCCGACAUCUCAAUGACCAGCAGCAAUAUUUCGGCAUCGGGCAGGAAGACCAAUAGAAGUGUAGCAAAGUCGCACAGAACCGCUAAUGAAGACAUGUUGACGAACAUCCUGUUGGACCUGGACAGACAGAACGAGCAGGAUAUCGACAAGCCCAGUGACGCCGAGGUUGAUCAAGAGGUGGAGGACGCGUUGGGGGCGGGCGAGACCACGAAAAAGCCGAAUCAGAGGAAGAAGAAGAAGAAGAGCAACUGGCAGCUGGGCAUAGUCUCCAAGAGGAAAAGGAAGAAAGGUCCUUCCGCAGCUUCUCCCGCGAACGUGGCCGAGGCAAAUCCUACAACACAGGCAGACUCUUCAGCAAGUGGCGGAGCAGUCGGCAAUGGAGAUGUCAAGCCCUUCGAAAUCCCGAAUAAUGGGUUCCUGGGGGUCGACAAGUCCACCAUAAAGAGACCUGGGUACCUGGACAGCGAAAUCGUGACGAAAGACGAGACCAUCACUACUGAAGAGAAGCCACUUCCCAGAGUUAACGCGUCCUUCAGUGCAGAGCUGAUCACUAUUCUCGAUGACGACGCUCCCGGGGAUGGCUCUCUGGACCUUGAAGCUCCACCAAAUACCCCGAACACUCUGAAAGCAGAGAAGGAGGUCAAUGAUGUAUCCACCAAGGACAAACAGGGUACAGGAAUCGCAAUAACAGAAGAUAAGAUAAAGAUUGAAGUUUCUGAUGGUGAAGACGUUAAAAUAACACACGUAGUGCCCAAGCGCGAGGUCGACGUUCCAAGCAGAGGAGUUCCGAAAGUGGAAGUGACCACCGAGCAGGAAGCUGAAGAGACCCAAUCGGGAAUCCAGAUCACACAGGUGAGAACCAAGCACGAGGCUGAAGAGCCGGUGGAGCUACCAGGAAUCUGUAUAACGAAUGUGAGAACCAAGGAAGAAGUGGAAGAUGUUACACCCUCUUCAGGGAUCCCACUAACAGUGCAGACCAAGUGCGAAGCCGAAGAGAUCCCUGAAGUUCCCGAAAUCCCAAUUCCCCCGAAAUGCGAGAAGCAGGAACCUCCAGAAGUGAGUUGUACAGACCCUGAAGACGUGAUUGAGCUGACCAUGGUGAAGGAUGAAGACAUGGUGACGAAGAGGAGUCUUCCGGCAGUGAUGAACGCCGAUCAGCUGGUGAGCUACACCUGGGUCGGGCAAGAAAGGUACAAAUGUCUGCACUGCUUCUUCUAUGGGAAGAACAUAGUGCAUCACUAUAAGCUAAACCAUCCUGAUAAAGAAGUGUCUAUAUCGAGGCUUCCGGUCCCUGAAGCGGAAAGGGCUAUCAGCGAAGCUAAAGAGCAAGACUUCGAGCAUAGCCCUACGGAGCCUCGACAAGACACAUAUAAGUUUAGGUGCAAGUUUUGUCACCUGAGAACCGAAGGUGUGUGCAACAUGGCGAUGGAAGCCUUCUACGAGCACUGCACGACACACACCGGUGAGUACAGAUUUAAGUGCGCUGGUUGUCCUUAUCAAACCGUGGCGAAGUCCUCCAUGAGGACCCACUACUACAAGGUGUGUCGAAAGACUCUCGCUGAGAGCAUUUCCGGCGCUAUUAUCGAGGAGAAGGUGCCGGAGGAUAGUCGGAUUUACGGGUAUAUCUGUUCGCUCUGCAAUUUUGUCCAGCUGAAGAGGCAGAACCUGGAGAGACACGUUGAAGAGUGGCACACGGACGCCUUAGGGACGGAGAUCAUCAAGAUCAACAUGUCCAACGACAUGGUGGAUGGUCCCAGUGCCCGAGAUGAACCUUUCAGCGUACCUGAAGACGUUGCUCGGAAAUCGGCACAAGAAGUUGACGAUGGUUCCCAGUUACCUGGGAACCUAGAGUCCGUCACGGCUGCUGGGGUCUGCGAAACUGAUAUAAAAGAUGAGACACAAUUGCCAAAUGAUGCGGUACCUUUAGAUGUGCAAACCGAAGAGAAACCUGCCUGUGUGUCGAUGGACGUGGAAACUCCGAAAGAGGAAUCCCAUGUUGAUGAGUUUGCUUCUCCAGUAGAGGAUGCACUGGAAGCGUCGAACGACGUGGAGGAGCCGAGGUUCGUCCUAUCGGCACCGGAUGUGGCGGAUGAAGACUCGGAUACCAUGCCCCUUCCGGAUAAUGUUAACGAUGCAGAGGCGUCUUUGGCAUCUGCUGAAGAUGUGGUACCUAAGGAAGACACUCCGGAACAAUCCACGCUUGCUGGGAACCUGAGUGCCUUCGUGUGUCCACCUGAGCUGGAGAACAAAGAGGUGGAGAUCCAGAUGGAGCGCAUGAAGAGGAUGCAGGAGAUUGCUGAAAACAUCGGCAUCAAGGUGAACAAGGACUCACCCAGGAAGGGGCUGUCCAUCACGGACAAGCUGAAGGACAUCAUGGGUACUGAUCUGGAUCGCGAGGAGACUUCGACAAACCCUUCAGCGGCUACUUCAGAUGCGUUGGCGACUCCUGCAGAUCUUGCCCUUGGCGAAACUGGUGCUUCAAGUUCGGGAACACAGUUGAAGACCGAUGACGAUGCUCGAUCGGAGCCUGCACCUGAAGCAAAAGUGGGAUUAAGGGCUCCUGUAGAGGGUGGUGAGCAGAAUAACAAUGAUGCGCCCAGCCUUGACGAGGUCAAAGCUGAAGGCAAGCUAAAAGACCCACUGACCACUGUCGGGGAACCCCUCAAGACCUACGUGAGCGACGUGGAAACCAGCGAUAACGAGAACAACGUGCAGGGUAAUUUACCUUAUGACUCGGAUUCCUCGGACACUGACCACGAGGAAAUGCAGACUGAUGUGAAUAGCUUGCUGAAGGAAACGUCGGACAUCAAUGGGUCUUCCAAAGGUCUCAUGAUGACGACUAUUCAGAGGCUGGCUGCACAACUUCAGGGGAAGACGUUGCCCCAAACUGCUGCCGAGGAUGAUGCUAUCUUGACUCCUGGUCAGGAAAAUGGAGGGCAAAUUCCUGCGACGAAAGUCAUUCCUAAGCCUCCCAACGUCGUCCCCAUUUCCAGCAUCAAGCGCUUCUUCGAGCAGAAACCCGCUGAAGCGUCCGAUGCUCAGCUCCCGAAGUCUGAAAAUCAGACAGAAGCUAAACAAGGAACUCAAUCUGCCAAACAAGAUGACAAGCCCAAGAAUUUCAUCAUCAGACCUAGAAGACUAAGUGGAGACAAGCUGUCCAUUCCUGGACCUGCGAACGACGGCCAGGAGAGCACCUCUUCUUCAAGUACUGCGCCUAGUGGGAACCCUUCAGAGUCGAAAGAAGAUGACGACGACUGUUCCUUCCUGAAGAUCGAGAGCGUCAUGAGUCUCGCAUCCGACAACGCCACCAGUGAGAGUUCUGUUAAGAACGUGCGACCCUUGACGGAGACUUCUCCGGCGAAGGGCCAGCAGCGGUUGUCUCUGUUGAAGACCGGCCCCAUCAUUCUGAAGAGACCCAUCAGACCUGCCCAGGUGGUGACCCUUUCAGGAACGGUCCAGUCAAUGAACCAGCAGUUUCCCGAAGGACUCAAGCUGAUCCCUGUCCCGCCACCCGCAGGAAGCCUCUCUGGUGGGUUCGUCUCCAUUUCAGGGAAGCCGAAUGUGACCGUCCACGUAGAUCCCAACAGUCUCUCGUUUCCUGUGUCUCCAAGUAAGAAUGCCAGUUCCUCUAGCCAGGCGACCGCCUACAACGUAGAGAACGUUACCACGCCAAAGCUUAAUUACAAAAUAGUGAAAGUCGUGCGAGCUGGGAGUAUCCUAAAGCACAAGGAGCACGCUGGCCAGAUGAUGGCGAUGAAGCUGAAGACCCCUGAGACCUUGAGCUUGAUGCUGACCCAGGAGAAGCUGCGACACCUGUACAAGUGCAUGGCUCGCUCCUGCAGCUUCACCACCAGCUCGGUAGAGAUGUUCCAUUCGCAUUACCUGGAACAUGAAAAGUCCAUUAGUGAAAAGCGAGCCGUGCCCAGCAACGACUACAGGACUUGUCCCUAUUGCUACACCGUACUGGCCGAUUGGACACAGUUCAAGCAACAUUUUGACGAGAAACAUGUCUAUUGUCGGUUCCAAUGCAGCUACUGCUUCUACAGGGGCCUUGUAGAGUCCUACAUCGAGAUACACCAGCUGUCCAGCCAUAUCGGGAAGUCUGUUGUCGUUCUUCUUGAUCCCAUGGUGAAGGAGAACCCACCGCCGGUCGUCAUCAACAAGCAAGAGUUUGUCCAGCCAUUUGUCUGCCAACAUGAAUGUGGCAAGUUCUUCUACGUACCUGAGACUUUUAUUAGUCAUUUGAAGACGAAGCACUGCUCCAUGUUGUCCAUCUUCAAGUGCCACCUGUGCCCGGCUACUCUUCUGAAAGCUGAAAAUCUUGUCUCGCAUUACAAGAUUCACGGGAUUUACAAGUACCAGUGCAUUUAUUGCCUGAACGGGUCGGACACCAUCUCGGAGCUGCACUUCCAUCUCAGCAGCUUCCAUUACCAUCAAAAGCCCACCAUCAUGGAAAGGUGUCUUCCACCACGGCCGGUAAAGAACAAGGACGUGAUAGAACAGCUGAUGCUGAGAAAUGUGGACGAGGUUUACAAGUGCUCCACAGAAACGAUCAGGCCGGUUCCAGGGCUGGAAAAAAGCCCGAAGUUGCUGAACUCCCCAAGUAAAAUUAACAUCGAUUCUCCCGUGGCCCUGGACUUAACAGCCGGUAGGUUUUUCCCUCUCAGUCCGGAGAAGCCUGGAAAAAUUGACAACUCGUCGAGUAACCCAUUCACAAUGGAGAAAAUCCACGCAUCGCCGAGCUGGAGAUCAUCCGAGAAACCACUGGAAACGUCCUUGACUGAAAAUCGGUCCUCAGACUCGAAAAAUAGUUCUCCCGCUUCUGAUAAUUCAACUCCGAGGACAGAAUCCAAAUCUCAGUCCAGAAAACAGGCGUUUACGAAAGUCCUGCAGGACGAUUCGGAGUUCCAGCAUUUGUUCAACAGUCGCACCGUUAGUGUCAUCAAAGAGGGCCCGAAGAGUUUAUGCGAACCUCUUAAUCAAAAUAUUCUUCAGGAACCAGAGUUGGUACUUCGCUUUGUGAACAGCGAUGCGAAUAAUACGGUAGAUCCCUUGGGAGUUGCAGAAAGUUUGAAUUGCAGCGAUGAGUUUAUCAACAUGAAUGUGCUGGAUAAUCCAGAUUUCUUGAAGAGUGUCGAAGACCGGUCUAAUGUAUCUGCCUUUAGUACCGAUUGUGAUAAAACUCAAGACGACAAUUAUGACAGUGAUAUCGAGAUUUUGGAAGACUUUGCGCCACCUAGCAGAAUGAACAUCAGGAGAGUCGCGACGAAAGAGGAGGCUGCGAAGCCGCUUGAACCAAAGAUCGAAGUCUUGGAUGUUAUCGAAGAAGACAAGCAGCUCUCUGCAAACGAAAGCAGUACUGAAAAUGAGAAUACUGAGAAUAUUGGUAAUGCUGACAAUGCUGACAAUGCUGACAAUGCUGACAAUGCUGAUAAUGCUAACAAUGCUGACAAUACUGACAAUGUCGACACUGAUAAUGCCGAGAGUAUCGAUGCAGACGAGGUGAAAUGUAAGACCGAAGCUCCGAAGGUGCAAGACAAGCCUCUGACUUUGGAAGACAUUAAAAACACUGGCUUGGAUGGAGAAGAUUUAUUCAAGUGUGGAUAUAAAAAUUGCACAUUUAGCGCGGCAACUGCCUUGUUGCUGAAGUCUCACAUCAAGAAUUGCAACUUGUCCGAUGGCAGCAUGAACCUAACCUGCAUUCACUGCAGCAAGAGGUUCCUACAGAUUCGUUUCUUGGUCGAUCACUUGAAAGUCCAUGGGUUGAAGCGUUUUGGGUGUUCUUUAUGCAAGAAAAGAUGCACCUUGCCGUACCAGGCCACUUCUCAUAUGAGACACAAGCACAAAUUUAAGCACAGCAAGUUGGUUCCUGCCGAUCCGAAGAAUCCAUCUGCGGAGGGACUCUUUAUCAUACAACCGAUGCCGACCACGGGCGAAAAGGGGAAGGGGAGGAAACGAGCUACUGCGAAGGUGCCAACAAAAGUUCCCAUAGUCGAGAAAGAGGUGGACAAAUCUGCAGAGAUUGAGAAGACUACUUUUGGCCCUGACGAGAUCGAAUCUCUUCCUCGACAAGCAAUUUACAACAGGGAGGUGCAGUGCGCAGUGUGUCCAUACACAACAAAAGUGAGAACGAACAUUGUCAGGCAUCUUCAGCUUCACGCCAAGGACGAAACCGUGCCAGAAUCAGGUCCAGUGAAUCCUGUGCCUUGUCUGGACAAAAGGGAGCGAAUGUUCGAUAAAAUGGUCAACCUGGCCAGCAGCUCCCACGAAAAUGGCCGAAUGGGUGGAAGGACGAAGGAGUCGAGUAAAGAUCAAGAAGACGACGAGUCUCUGCCGAAAUUCGUCCCGGAACACAAGAGGUACGUUUGCGGCGUCGCCGAAUGCAAUUAUUUAACAGUGGACGAGGCGAUGUUGAGGUACCACUUGAAGGCCUUGCACUCCGAAGAGCCAUUCUUCCGAUGCCCUCACUGCCCCGAAGUACCGGUGGGUCAAGAGUCUCAGAAUAUAGCCAUCGACAAAAUGGGAGUCCAUCUCAAAAUGCAUGAUACAAGGCUCUACAAGUGUUCCCACUGCAAUCACCAUCAUUACCACAGGCACGUCGUGGAGAGACACUUGGCCGACAAGCAUCCCGAGAAGCGACCCUUCGUCAAGGUGAUCAGAGAAUUGGAAAGCACGGAGAACGUUCAGACACCUCAAGGGGAACUCGAAGAGGACCUGCCAGACCCUGACGGCAACCACUGGAAAUGCAACAUCUGCGAGCACAAGUGCGUCUACAAGAUGGAGAUGAUCAGCCACGCUUCCUCGGCCCAUGACGAGAAGUCUCAGUACAAAUGCACCCUGUGCUCGUACAAGACCAACGGGAAGGUCAGUUUCGAGCAGCAUGUCACUGGGAAGCACCCGAAGGAGCCGAACGUCGAGUACACGAUGGUCUACCAGAAGAUAAAGAGGACCUCGAAGAAGAUCACCGAUACGCCGGAGCAAGUCUCCCAGGACGAGCCCUUCGACACGACUCCCCUUUGGAGGAGAGACAUGCCUCGUAUAAGACACAUCAGGGGGAUACUUCUCGAAGAGGAAGACGAAGUCGCCAGCUCGGACACCCCGAUUAAAUCGGGGAAACGGAAGAGCGACGCCGACCCCGGCUCCGGGAAACCGGCAAAAGUCAGGGCUGGUAAAGCUAGCUCUCUCGAUGGGAAUAAAUCGGAGGAUGUUCAGAAACGAUCUUUGUCCACCGAGAAGAAGACAGAGGAGGAGGAGAAAUCGACCAAGGAGACUCGGCCGACUCGGCAGAGUAAGGACACUUCCUCGAAGAGGACUCAGUCCCUCGACGUCUCCUUCUCUAGCAGCGAUGUCACCGAAAGCGUUGCUUCCGAUGAUUUUAAUGAACUCAGCGACUCCGAUAUCGGCGUCUUCGGUCCCUAUGGUAAACCCGAUGGGAACUCCUUUGUCUGUACGAUCUGCAAUCAGUAUAAAGUUAAGUCUAAGAACGACAUGAAGGACCAUUUAUACAAGGAGCUGAUGUACGCCAGGUGGAAGUGCAAAGGAUGCGGAUUCUUGGCGACGAAUGGGACCACUUUGAAGAAACAUUUCGUGAAGCACCAUUCCGAGAACAGCCCCGAGUUCGAGUCGCUUCCUGUGAAAAUGGACAUCGAGGAUUGGGUCUCCAGCCUGCUGAGGAAGCAGUUCAACCAGAUGCGAGGGACCGGCAGGAACGAGACCCCGAACAUCGAAACCGAGCGCGAGUCCUCGAAAGAGUUGCAAUCGCCCCAGAAAUCGGAAAUCUCGACAGACACUGAUAACACCAUCGAGACGGGUUCCAUCAGCAAUGCGGACAGCAAGAGCGCGAUAGUGGAAAUCGACGACGACGACGUCCAGGACGACGUCGAGGACACGAAGGAAAACCUUUCCAUCAUUAAAAUUGAGAAAAAACCGAUAAUAGUUCCUCCGAAGGACGUCGACAUGCCGCCUCCAUGCAAGCACUGCAACGUGCGGAUCUCGAGCUGGCGAGGUUUCAAGCUGCACGUCAAGGUGAACCACUUGAAACGUCUAGGGUUCCUCUGUCCAUAUUGCGAUAGAAGCACCAACUCCGAGCCGAUGAUGCGGCAACACAUCCACACGAAACAUCCUGGCCAGCUAGAGAAGGUGAUCCCCAAUCCGGACGCGGGAGGUCCUGAGUUAACGGAUGAGUUCUGGGAGAAGGAAUACGGCCUGACGUGUCCUCGGAGCUCGAAAUCGGGUUCUAAAAAACGAAAGCGUAAGGUCAGCCUGGAGAAAGUCGAGAAACAAGCGGAGGAGAUCGUCAAGUCCGAGGUCGACAUGACGUGUACGGUCUGCGACUUCGUGGCCUUGACGGUUUCCGGUCUGAAGAUCCACAUGAGGUCGCACUCCUCGGAGACGGGGAUCAAGUGCUCUCUGUGCGUCUUCGUGGGAGGGACGAAAGCGGAGGUCCUGGAGCACUUUGCGACCAGCCACUCGGGGGUGAAACAGGAAGAGCCGGGUCCUUCGCAGUCCCCGAGUCCGCCGAGCAAGGUCCGCAAGGUAGAGGACUACAGCGACGACGUGAUAGAGGAGGAGGUCGCAGUCAUCGAGAGCACCCCGGCGAAGCAGAAGCUGAUGUACUGCUGUUUCUACUGCUCCAUGAGGAGCCCCUCCGUGGACACGGUCAAGUCUCACUGGACCAUGGCGCACAAGGACUCCAAGCCCAGCAGUGCAUCUGGAAGCGCACCCAAAGGUAAACUCUUCUUCAGGUACAGGGAGAUCUACGUGGCCGUGCCGCCUCCGCAGAAGGUGCUCAAGUGCGCCUACUGUCCGAAGACAGCGACCAGGCAGACCCUGAGGGCUCACAUGAAGCAGAAGCACAAGGACCUCCCUCCGGACUUCGUAGACCCUGAAGAGCCCGUGCAGGACGGCUGGGUCUGCGACUGGUGCAACGAACUCUGCGAGUCCGAGGCGAAGGCCAAGCACCACCACAACAUGUUCCACUCCCAUCUAGCCCUGAAAGUUAAAAGAAGAAGUGAAGACGUCAGGGAGAUCGUUUGUCCGGAGUGUCCUUAUGCGACGACCUCUCCGGGGAACAUGAAGAAACACGUGGCUAGGCACAUAGACCUCUUCAAGUGCAAGCACUGCGACAAGGCCUUUGCUUUGCCGAACCUGGUUACCACGCAUAAUGCCGAGGCCCAUCCUGGCAUGGAACAGAAAAUCGAGAGUAUAACGAAUUACGAGGAACUCGUCGAGAACAUGAUGGCGAGGGUGUCUUACAAUAACGUGGAGGUGAAGGUGGAGAGGGCGAGUCCUAAGAAGGGCUCCGUGGCCAGGAAGUCUACGGCCAGGUCGUCGGUAGGAUUGAUGCCCUCGCCUACGAAAUUCAAGGCGGUCGCCAGGAAGUCGACCAACCCUUUGCCGAGGUACCCGCCGGGGAUCACGUUCGCCCUGGAGGGCUGCAGGGAUGCCGGGGGUGACCCGAGCAAAUCUCCUCAAGUUUCGUAUUACCGGGUCCCCAGGACUCCGGUUGACUUGUCCGUCUUGAGCACGUACAUGGUGGUCGGGGGACAUCAGAUGAAAGUGAACUGCACCACCCUGGCGCAGCUCAUCAACAUCAAUCCCAGGGUUAUGCUAAAGGACUGCAAACUGACGCGCCCUCUUGCGGCAGCUGCCAAUAGGAAAUAGCAUUUACUUGCCGGAAGGUCGGCCGCCAGAAAGAAGUGUAUGAGGAUCGUAUCAAUUAAUAGGGUUUAGUCUCGAGGUGAUAGACUUUCGGUUGGCGACAUUUUUCCCACCCUCGGCGCUGGCCAAUCAGCGCUCUGUCGAAUGACGUCACGCGGCCGCUGAUUGGUCGACGCUAAGCGCGGCAGGAGUGCCAACUGGAAACCCGGGAAAGUGAGCUCAAUUUGAAACGAUUAGGAGGGAAUGAAGGACUGAUUGCAUAUUUUGUAGAAACCGAAAUUAUUAACGGGUUCCUGGACAACGGCCAAUCACUUGAAAUAUCGACAAAGCUCGGAACAUUUCCAAUUUGUUUUAUGAUUACGUGAACUGAUAAUGAUGUACUCGGACAUGUUCUUAAUUAACAGGCAUGUAUAGACGCGCAAUGCUUCAAUGAAUCAUUAACCAGUACCAAAAAUUUGUGAGCCGUCGCUUUAACAGUGUUUCAGUUGGCAUUACAAUUUCUUUCUUUUUUUUUCUGUCUUCUUUUAUCUGCUUAAUAGUAAUCACUUCGUUGUAGAAGCAACGUCGACAUUGACCCGUUUAUUUCCAAAGCACCAGCACGUGAAACUGCACUUAUUGUUAUCGGAACGAUAAAGUUUUACCUGCGCAUUACGAUCUUUCCGAAGGGAAGGUCCAGUAAAUUGUAGUCCUGUUUCUCUCGGAUUACAAUUUUCUUUUAUCGUAUAGGGCAAGCUAGUUAAUUUAUUGUUUCAAAGCUGGACAGCGAAUCUUCUGUUUGAGUGCUCGACUCCUCGUACACACUUUUAACGUAGAAUGUUCAUCCUGUAUUAUAUGCUUGAAGUCUUUUCCGUUUUUUCUUUUUUUUUUUUUGAGGUUAGGUCAAUUAGUUCGUUUUUACGAAGUGGCCUCCGAGGCUUAGGACUGCAUUCAUGAGGACGCGGUUUAUCACCCGCGUUUGUAUUUAUAUGUGAUAUGUACAGUGUGUACCGAAUACAAGAUUCGCAAGUAAGUCGAGUCUUUUGACACUCAAAAGAAGUUGAACUGAGCCAUGUGUUUCGCAGCGUUACUAAUAAAUUGACUACUUUGGUUCCCUCGGGUUGUUUGGCCCUUGGUUGACAUUCGGUGACAAGAUACACCUAACCUAGCUUUCGUUUCUACUUAAGUAUUUAGUUAUUUAGUUUAGUGCGAGAGGAGAGCGAGAGGAGUAAGUUUCUGGCUCGAAAAGACAAGACUGACAUGAGUGUCCUACAUAAUUUAAAUGAAACUUAGCCGUAGUCAAGACCUGUACAUACUUUGUAACAUACCACUGGAAAUAAAUAUUUUUGAUUUUUAUAAA